AGUUGUACGGGGACGUACUACGUUACGGAGAAGAGGUUACGGAUUGUCAACGCGAAUUACGUAAGAUACGCGACAAUAUCCGUGCUUUACGUAAAUUAAGGAAUUAUUCUUGUAAAUCAAACGUUACAAUGAGGCAAGCAACUGUAGAAGAUGUUAGAGUUACCAGAAAUCGAACCGAAAAGGGAUGGUAUUUAAUGCCAAAACUCAGCAGUCUAUGGAAAAAGUAUCGUUGCGAUUCGGCAAUUACUCAAGAUGCAUCAUCAAACGAAGCCGUCCAUCUUCAGCAACGUCUGCGCAGUCUCAGUUCAGAGUUGGUGACAUUAAGAAACCGGCUUCAUGUGACUAGUGUUGGAGCAGCGCCCGCACCCCUCAAUGGUCAGACAUUUGCCGCUUAUCAGCAGGCCGAACUAUGUAAAAGCACAACUGGUGGCAUGAUUCGACAAUCUGUUUGUGCUGAAAUUCAAGACUUAAUUCAUUUGCCCGGGCCACUGACUGAGGACGCCGUCCUACGAACACUGCAUGCUAGGUUCUUCAAUCAGGAAUACUUUACGAAUGUUGGCCCAAUUCUGUUAUCCAUCAAUCCUUAUCAGGAUGUUAGUAAUCCAUUAACAUUGAGCAGUGCUCAUGCUGCUUCUCGUUGUCCUCAAUUGCAAAGAGUUGUUCAUGAAGCAGUGAGACAGCAAAGUGAAACGGGAUAUCCCCAAGCUAUUAUUCUCAGUGGAGAAAGUGGAAGCGGAAAAACCUAUUCCUCCAUGUUGCUGUUAAGACAGUUAUUUGAUGUAGCAGGUGGAGGACCGGAGACAGAUGCUUUUAAACAUUUAGCAGCGGCAUUUACAGUACUUAGAUCACUGGGAAGUGCAAAAACAUCAUCUAAUUCUCAAUCUAGUCGAGUAGGCUACUUUAUUGAAGUACAAGUGACAGACGGGGCUCUCUACAGGACAAAAAUUCAUUGCUAUUUUCUUGAUCAGACAAGAGUUGUAAGGCCAUUACCAAAUGAAAAAAAUUAUCAUAUAUUUUAUCAAAUGCUGGCUGGAUUAACACAGGAAGAAAGAGCUCAACUGAAUUUAAUUGGUUAUUCAGUCCAUAAUUUACGUUAUCUCAAUCAAGGAAGUACAAAGCAACAUGAAACAGAAGAUGCAACAAGAUUUGAAGCUUGGAAGACUUGUCUUUCUGUUCUUGGAAUUCCAUUUAUGGAUGUUGUAAGAGUAUUAGCUGCAGUUUUAUUAUUAGGAAACAUUCAGUUUAUAGAUGGUCCAGGAUUAGAAGUUGAUGUUAAAGGUGGAAGUGAAAUUAAAGCAGUGUCAUUAUUAUUGGGAGUAUCCAGUAUGUCACUUUUCCAUGGUUUAACUACUCGUACACAUAAUGUUAGAGGUCAGAGAGUAAAAUCUUCAUGUGAUGCAAAAAUGGCAAGUAUGACACGUGAUUCUCUAGCUAAAGCAUUAUAUUGUCGAACUGUGGCCACAAUUGUUCGCAGAGCUAAUAAUUUAAAAAGGUUAGGUUCCACUUCAGGAACUCUCAGUUCAGACAGUAAUGAGUCUGUUCACAAUCAUACAGAGAACAGCAGCCAGUAUGCAUCCACUGCAGGUUCUGGUGGAGGAAAAUCAUCAAAAUCUAUGACAGUUCUUAAUUCAGCUGUGAGGCAUGCUACAGAUGGAUUUAUUGGUAUUCUUGACAUGUUUGGAUUUGAAGGGUGUAAGCCCAGUCAAUUAGAACAUUUAUGCAUUAAUUUGUGUGCUGAAACAUUGCAACACUUUUAUAAUACACAUGUAUUUAAAAGUAGUAUUGAAUCUUGCAAAGAAGAAGGAGUAUUAACAGAUGUUCAAGUAGACUAUGUUGAUAAUGUUCCAUGUAUUGAUCUUAUUUCGUCAUUGAGAACAGGCUUAUUAAGUUUACUAGAUGUUGAAUGUUCACUAAGAGGAUCACCAGAGUCUUAUAUGCAAAAAGUUAGGAGCCAAUACCAAAAUUCACAGAGAUUUCUUGAACCUAAACCUCCAGAUCCUCAUAUGUUUGGAAUUCGUCAUUUUGCUAGAACAGUGGUUUAUGACACCACAAACUUUUUAGAAACUAAUAGAGAUAUUGUCACUGAUGAUAUAAUUUGUGUUUUUUAUAAAACAACUUGUAAUUUUGGUUUUGCCACACAUUUAUUUGGCAGUGAAUUAAAAACUUUGUAUAAUCAAGGGGAAACUGUUCCAAGAGGUGUAGCAUUUCGAAUAUCUCCCACUGGAUACAGUGAUCUCCAUAAUGGGGAAGAACCAGUUUCCACAUUAACUCAAGACUUUCACACCAGAUUAGAUAAUUUGCUUCGCACAUUAGUUCAUGCCAAACCUCAUUUUAUUAGAUGUAUAAAGAAUCCUGCCUUUCGUAAUUCCAGAAGUCCAAUGCUUCUUGUCUUUUAUGUUCUUUCUGAAGAGAAUUGACUAUUUCCAGUUGACUCUGAAAUGAUUUACAAAUCACAGUCAAUGAUUUUAGGUUUGCUUUUUUAUCUAAUUAUUUAUAAAACUAUGAACUGUUUACACUAUUAUGUAUAUUAUUAUUUAUACUGCAACAAUAAUUCAAGAAAGUGUAUGCUUUAAUCUUUCAACCAUUCACCACACCAGGAUAUAGUUAAUCACGUUAAUCACAAAAAUAAACGUUUUUAUUUGUUUUCAUUAUCUACACACUGUAAU